AUGCUUCGCGUCUGUUGCUGCCGGAGGGUCUGCCGAUCGUGCGAGGACAAGAUCGGCACCGACGCGUGUCCCCUCUGCCGUAUACCGUGCGCAAAGUCCAAUGCGGAGCAGCUCGUGCGGCUUCGCCGCCAUGUGGAGAACGAGGUGCCGGAAGCGAUUACGAAUUUGGGAAAUGCGUACCGCUUCGGUCGGGUGGGCCUCGUGAAAUCCGAUAAGAAAGCCGCGAAGAUUUACCGGCGCGCCGUGGAGCUCGGCGACGUGGACGCGAUGGUACGACUUGGGUAUUUGUACGCGACUGGAAGUGGCGUCAAGCUGGACAAGAAGAAGGCGGAGGAGCUGUAUCGCGCGGCCGCAGAUCGGGGCGACGCGUUCGGGCAAAUCAAUUUAGGGUCUUUACUUGGUUCUGAGGAGAAAUUUGAAGAAGCGUUCCGGUACUUCGCGCUCGCGGCGGAUCAAGGCUGUACCUUUGCAGAAAAUAGCCUUGGCUACUGUUACAGGGACGGAGACGGCACGGAAGUCGACCUCGGCAAAGCCAGAUACUGGCUCGAGCGCGCCGCCGCCAAGGGCUACGACGUAGCUAUAGAGAAUCUCGCGCGCCUCGACGCGCGACAUGGAAGUGGCGUCAAGCUGGACAAGAAGAAGGCGAUGAAGCUGUAUCGGGCGGCCGCAGAUCGGGGCGACGCGUUCGCGCAAGGCAAUUUAGCGGUUUUACUUUCUUCUGAGGAGAAAUUCGAAGAGGCGGUCCGGUACUACGCGCUCUCGGCUGAUCAAGGCUAUACCCCUGGAGAGACUUUCCUUGGCAUGUGUUACAGUGACGGAAAAGGCACGGAAGUCGACCUCGGCAAAGCCAGAUACUGGUUAGAGCGCGCCGCUGCCAAGGGCGACGAGCAUGCUAUAGAGAACCUCGCGCACCUUAACGCGCGACUUCGUCUUUACAAUCAAAAUCUUGAGGAAGCGUUCCGCUGGUUCAAGCUUGCUGCGGAUCAGGGCCUCACUGGCGCCGAAUUCAACACCGGAUUUUCUUACUUAACGGGUAAAGGCGUGGAGUUGAAUUUUGAAGAAGCCAGGCGCUUUCUCUCGCGCGCGGCCGGCAAGGGCCACGGGAAGGCCAUGAGCGUCCUCAACGAAAUGGACACGCACGGUUAUUAG